AUGAACUUCUUCCUUCCUUUCAAGAUGCAAGGCUCUCGAGUGGAAAAUUCUAGACGAAUUCUAAACAAAAAAUCGCUUGAUAACGAAAAAGACCUUGAAAGCGAAUUCUUCGCCGUAUUCGGUGCAGGACGAAACGCUCCGCCACCGACGUCGCUGGAGAAACCGCCAACUGCCGUCAGCCGAAUCGAGUACAUGAUGAGAGAAAUGUCGCAGAAUAAGAAUCGCAAGGCACCAUUAGCUCCAGUCCGUGAGAAUCCAAAAUCGUCAGCUAACAGGCCCAUAAGCCUUGUCGAGGUAGAAGAACAGCGUCGUUCGCGGCGAUUCGACGACACUCGCCGAAGCAUAAAAGUCCGCCGUCAGCCUAGUAUGGAAGGCUACAAUCAAGUUUACGAUCAACUCCCGGAGAAGAUGAAAGUGGAAAGAGUGCGUCAGCUGGAACGGGGUUACAGUAUGGAGACACAUGAUCGGCCAACGUAUUCAGAAGAAAUGCGCCGUUCUGCGCAGAUGAUCAGAAACCGAUGA